AUGGUGCUCUCAGCCAAUGUCCAACCAUUCACGUGUGGGUACGGUUCCCAAGUGGCAAGGCCUAUUACUAGAGAUCAAGAUUGGUCUAAUCAGCUCCAUGAUCCAAUUGCUGAAGUUGUUCUAGUGGAUCACCAUUUGCUCUAUUACAGAGUGGAAUUCUCUCCAUUGACACAGAUCAAUGAUGCAAAUUAUACAAACGGAUUGUAUUCAACAUUGAAUGUUCGCUGGAAUUUCAUGGGUGAUGAUCCAAUCAAUCAAUCAGUUAGACUGUGUGAUUAUAUUCACCCUUUGCAAAAUCAAUCUUUAGAUUUAAUCGUUUUGACUAAUGAAACCGGAGCUGUUCCCAACAGGAAUAGAACUCAAUGUCCCUUGGAUCCUAAUCAACGUUACAACAUUUUUUCCAUUACAGAUAUUUCAUCCCCAAGAUAUUUUGGAUCUUAUGAAACCAAAUUCACUAUUCAAACUUCAAAUUUCCAAAAUUUAAGAGAUGAAGAUGAUCAAUCAGGAUGUAUCUUAUUAUUCCCAACUUUAACACAUCCUAAAAAAAUCACAUAUUCAAUGACUUUUGGUGUUUUAAUUAUAUUUAUAUUUGGGUUCAUUGCUAGCUUCUACAUAUUCAAUUUCAGUCCACAUCAAGAAACUACAAACAUAUUGUUAAUCAUUGCAUCUUCAAUAUGUAAUGAACCUUUAUUAAAUGAAUUGACGCCUGAUAUUGUGAUGUUUUUGAAAUUUUUACAAUUUGUUGUAUUAUCAAUGGGGUUGAAUUUGAACUAUCCUGGGUUUUUACAACCUUUAAUAACUUAUUCAAAUUGGGUUGUGCUAAUAACUAUUGAUUUUUUCUCUAAUAAAAGUAUCAAUGGAUUAUCUAAAGAUGGAGUUUAUCAAUCAUUUGGAAUAAGGGGAUUAUUUGGAUUGUUUCCUGAAGGUGAUAAACUUCCAGAUGGUGAAACGGCUUCACAUCUUUGGAAUACUUUUAUCAUAUGGAUCUGGUGUGCAAUUGGGUUUCUAAUUAUCAUGAGUCAAUUAUAUCUAAGUUUCAAGCAAUCAAUUUUGAGAGAUUGUCAAAUUUCUUCAUAUAAAUCAAGAUUUUUUUUCACAAUUGGUAUAAUUAUACAAUUUUUUUACUCAUAUUUCCCUUUACCAUUCAUUUCAUUUAGCUCUUUCUUAUUUUACGGAUUAUCUAAAGAUUCCAAUGUUCAAACUUCAUCAGUUACACUAUCAAUAUUAUUCUUGAUUAUUUGGUUGAUUUUCAUAAGUUGGUUCAUGUUUUAUGUUAUUGUUAGAAACAAGAAUAAAUUGUAUUCAUCAUUCAAGAUCAUUUCAUGUUGGAGUUCUCUCUACUAUUAUUAUAAACCAAAAUCUUCAUAUUUUGUUGUUAUUGAGAUGAUCAAGACAAUUAGUGAAGGUUUUAUCAUAGGUUUUGGACAAUCAAAUGGGACAAUUCAAGUUGCAUUACUGAUUUUCAUUGAACUAGUUUAUUUCAUGGCUUUAUUGAUUGUUCAACCUUGCUUUAAUAGGGCAAGAAAUAUUUGGUGUUGUUUUUCUUCAUUAUUUUCAUUGUUAAUUGUUUCCCUCUCAGUUUCAUAUAUUACAAAUUUAGAUGUAAGUAUGGUUAAAAGGUCAUUUAUUGGAUACACUCAACUUCUUUUGACCUGUACAUUUUCAGUGGCUUUCUUUUUAUCCUUUGUUUAUAAAGUGGUUUAUGUUGCAAGAUUAAGGAUGAAACAUGAUUUCACAAAACCCAUUAUUGAAGAAGAUACAAUAUCAGAGAGUUCACCAGAUGUUGAAUUAUUUGAUUUUGAAAUUCCAUAUGAUUAUUUCCCAGUAUCAACUGAUAAUUCAUUUUCAUUCGAUGCAGAGUUAUUGAAUAAACCUUCAACAAGUCAUCAUACAAGACAAGCUUCAGAUACAAGUACAAGUUCAGUCCAUGAAAAGUUGAUCAAACCACCAGCUGUUAGUCCUAUAAAUGAUGGAUAUUUAGCUAAAAUGGAUCAAAACGAUUCAGAAGUUAGAAAAUUAUGGGCAAGAAGAAGAAAGAGGGGGAAAACGAAUAUUAGAAGAGUUUCAAAUGUUUCAAGUAUUGAUUUCAAAUUUAAUCCCUUCAUGAAGAAACCUGUAAAUCAAGGGUUUGAAGUUGUUGGGAGAAAAGAUAUUGGGGCAAAUCAAGAUAGAGUUCAAGAAAAGGAAUCUUUACUACAAAUACCUUCAAAAUCCAAAAAUAAGAAACCAAAGAAUGAAUUCGUGAUUCUGGGAAGGAAACCUAUAGUUUUUCAGGAAAAUGUUGCUACAAAUGAUGAUGAAUAA